AGGAGGAGGCCACCCGCAGAGAUGCUCCAUCUGCUGUCAGCUGUCAUCGUUUGGCUGGUGACCGGCACCACCAUCUCCAGCCUCAACAAAUGGAUCUUCGCCGUUUACAACUUCAGGGGUCCCGAUGAGGCACUUCAGCGUGAUGUCAGGCCUGAGCCCUCCCUCCUGUCUUCAUACAAGCCUUAUGGGAGUUCCAAAGAGAGGAUACAGAUUUACUGAGUCCAAAAUACUUUAACGAGACACAUCCAUCAGCAUCCUGAUCACAGAUGGAGACAAAGAUGGAUGGAUCACUAAGCAGUAAAGAGCUGGCCUCUAUUGAGGAUGAAGAGGAGCUCAAUAAGAUGCUGGACACUGCAACAGAUUUUGAGGAGAGGCGGAUGAUUCGUGCUGCGCUGAGGGACCUUCUCAAGAAAAAGAGAGAAAAACGUGAGCAAGAACGAGGGUCAAGGCAGCAGGACCUGGGCAAAACUGAUCAGUCUUCCAUGAACCAGCAGCCAACAACACACAAGUCCCAGCAGUCUCCAUCUUCCUCCACUUCCUCCAAUACGACCUCAGGCAGGGCCAGCACGGCUGUAGCCUCAUCCCAGAAAUGUCCUUCUGCAGCUCCCAAUGCCAAAAAUGUCAAACAAAUGCUUCUGGACUGGUGCAGGGCCAAAACAGAACCAUAUGAGGGGGUGGACAUUCAGAACUUCUCUUCCAGCUGGAAAGACGGGAUAGCUUUCUGCGCCCUGGUGCACCGAUUCUUCCCUGAAGCAUUCGAAUACUCCAUCCUCAACCCGAACAAACCCAGGGACAACUUCCAGCUGGCGUUCAGCACCGCAGAGAAGAUGGCAGGAUGCCCCCCUCUGCUGGAUGCUGAGGAUUUGGUCCGGAUGCAGGAGCCUGAUUGGAAAUGUGUGUACACGUACAUCCAGGAGUUUUACCGCUGCCUUGUUGAGAAAGGUCUGGUUAAAACCAAAAAGAGACCAUAGAUUUUCUCAACAUGAUUUCACACUUCCAUGAGCUAAAGUCAGAACGAUUUCAUACCAAAUUCAACUCUAUGAAUAAAGACAUUUGAAUGUA